AUGGCACUUCUAAUGUCGAAUCGAAAUGUUUUCAACUCACCUAGACUUGAAUCCAGUCCGUCACCAGCAGCAUACCUCCCCGGCUCAACCAACCAAUUGCGAACACAACCACAAGAUGAACUGCAACAGAUCAACCCUAGCAAACGAAGAAAAUUGUCACUCGUCCCAACCACGCCACUAAACAUAAUGAAUGAGUAUAGCACACAAACUCAAGCUUCUGGUAAUCACACAGCAAAAAGUAUUGGUUUAAGACUACCGAGUCCCUCUUCUUUGCUCAAUAGCUUUACUAGCGGAAAUGAUUCCUCAUCCGCUCAAGCACCAACUAUACCAAUAACAACAGGUUUAACAGGCUCAACAGGAACAUGGGUAGGAGAAGGGGGAGCACAAACUGGAGUAGCUGUAGCUGAAUACGGUCCACCUCAUAUGGUGAGACAAAAUAUUAGACCAAGUUAUAUUGAGGGGUAUUCCUAUCCUAACCAAUAUUCACACGAACAAUACCGUCCCAGUGUUUCACUGAUCCCUGAUGCAAGUCAUCAUCAUCAUCAUCACCAGCACCAGCACCAGCACCAGCACCAGCCAGUACAGCUGCAGCACCAAUUGCCACACCAAUUGCACGAUCCUACCAAAGUACAAUUACCCAUGUCUACUUCUCAAAGUUAUUCCCCCACCAUUGCUCAACCAGGUGCAAGCGGACAAAGAGAAGGACCAAUUGGCGGACAGGUGUAUGCGCCACCUAUGCAAGAUCCUCAGUCUCAAGCACACCAAUACAUGCCAUACCAGCCCUUGCAAAUGGAGACAACAAACCAACCAAUGCAGCAAGUUCUGCAGGUAUCGCAAGUACCAGCACCGCCACUUCCACCACUUCCACCACAGCCACAACCACAACCACCUUCUCAAAUGCCAAAUACUUAUCAGAUGCCCAUUGUACAACCUCAGACAGAUUUGUAUACGCAAACUUACUCUCAAGGACCUCAAUACUAUUAUGUAGCUCCUCAUCAAGCCCAAGCACCACAGCAUCAAGGAUUUGCACCUCAAGUGCAGCAAGAAAUGACACAAGCUCAGCAAUUGCACUAUUUACAUGGAGGACACAUGGUCCCUGGAUUUGCUGGUGUUUCUUCAACUUUUUCACCUGGAAUGUACCAUUCUGAGCCAAUGGCCCACUUACGGCGAAGAACAAAACAAUCGUCAACAUGGUCACCACAAGAGGACAAACUAUUGCGGGAACUAAAAGAGGUUCAGAAGUUGGGAUGGAGAGAAAUCUCGACAUUUUUCCAUGACCGUACCCCCAAUGCAUGUCAAUUUCGAUGGAGGAGGAUAAUAAGCAGUUUGGCUAGUCUGCAUCAAACACAAUCAAGUGGUGGUAAUGGUGGUGGUGGUAGUGGUGGUCUUGAUAUUAAUGCUACUGCUAGUAACUAUCCUAGUGGAACUGUUGGUGAAGGAAGCAGUAGUAAUAUUGGAAGCCAAACUAUGGCCACCACUUCGCCAUCUAUUCCUUCAAGACGAGCUUCAGUAGCACACGUAAAUAUGAUACCACAUACUUUGCAGCCAUUUGGUGAAAUAAGUCCUAGACUCGCGAGAUCUGCUUCGCAUACACCGAUUUUAGAAACAAGUGAAGAAGGAGAAGAAGAAGAAGAAAGAGAAGAAAAGAAAGGGAAACAACAUAAGAUCAAUUUCUUGUUAAACUAA